UUACUUUGAAAAUAUAUUUAAAAAAUGAAGAACCGGAUGAUACACUUCUCGUGAGACCUCGUUGUCCGAGAUAGCGGAAGCAGUUAUCGGUUUUGGUGACGCUGCAUUAGACUGCAAGACAUGGACCGUUGUGGUCUGUUCGGGUUUUUUAUCUUCAGCCUGGCUUUUACUGAAGCUCAGGCGCUCAUACCUGCACACCACCUCUCCCUUACUGACCUGGCCCGGUUGCAGAAUCUCCUGAGCCAAACGUUUAUCGACCUUGAGUCCGCAUACUACUCUGUUGUUGGUUUGAAAAAGCUUGGAGUGACAGUUCCUGAUCACAAGGAAGUAUGCCAGUUUGUCAAUUCUCAGCUUGAUCCAGCCAGUGUGGAUUCUCUCUUUUUUGCUGCUGAGAUAAGUCAAGCCAUCUCAGAUUGUGAGAUCCCUGUAUCCAAUGAAACCCGUGACAUCCUUUUGGCAGCAGUUAGUGAAGACUCCAGCAUGGCUCUGAUUCAUCGGGCUGUGAGCACGUUCAGCUCUUUGGGGCUGCCUCUAGCAUCACAGGAGGUUGUAAGUGCCCUGACGGCUCGGAUCAACAAGGAAGACAAUGUUAUGGCUAUCACAUUAGCUCUUCAAACAGCAGCACGUCUGUCGAAGCAGGCAGAACUUGGAGGAAUCCUGGAGGAAAUUGAAGAUUUGACGGCUCGUUUGGAUGAUCUAGGUGGAAUCUACCUUCAAUUUGAAGAGGGACUUGAGGCAACUGCACUGUUUGUGACUGCUGCAUAUUCCUUAUCUGAUCAUGUGGAUAUGGAGCCCCCUCUCAAAGAGGACCAGGUGAUCCAGUUGGUGAACUCUAUCUUCAGCAAAAAAUCUUGGGACUCUCUGGCAGAAGCCUUUAGUGUGGCAAGUGCUGCUGCCGCUCUCUCAAACAACCGCUUCCAUGUGCCUGUCAUUGUCAGUGUUCAGGGCCCAGCUACAGUAUCCCACAGCCAGCCAACCCUGCAGCUGCUUGUUACUGAUGUCAUGUCCCAACCUCUGGCCACAGUCAAUGUGCUUGUGGAGUCUGCAUACUCUGCAUCCUCCAAGAGCGUCAUUCUCAAUGAAGCACCUUUCACACUUAAUGAUGGUAUCUUUGAACUAAACUUCAUGUCCACCCACCCAGCCAGUGGAUAUUACCAGUUUACUGUUGCAGUGACAGGUGAUAGUCGUCUGGUUGCCAGUCAUGUUGAGCUUAAGGUGAAGGUGUCCACAGAGGUGGCUGUUACUCACAUGGACUUGUCAGUGGUGGAUAAGGACCAGAGCAUCGGCACAAAGACCACCAGAGUGGACUACCCUUCCAAAGCCAAAAGCCCCUUCAUUGCAGAUAGCCACCAAAACUUUGCCAUGUCCUUUCAGCUGGUUGAUGUGAACACAGGAGUUGAGCUCACCCCUCAUCAGACGUUUGUUCGGUUGCACAACCAGAAAACUGGCCAAGAGGUUGUGUUUGUGGCUGAACCGGACAGCAAGAAUCUAUACAAGUUUGAGUUGGACACCGCAGAAAGAAAGUUUGAAUUUGACUCCAUCUCUGGUACUUAUUCCCUUUACCUCAUUGUUGGGGACGCAACCUUGGAGAAUCCCAUAUUGUGGAACGUGGCAGAUGUGAUGCUUAAGUUUUUGGAUGAGGAGGCUCCAGCUACUAUUCAGCCAAAAACUCUUUAUGUACCCAAACCAGAGAUUAAGCACUUAUUCAGGGAGCCAGAGAAAAAGCCCCCCACAGUUGUCUCCAACGCCUUCACUGCACUCAUCUUGUCUCCAUUCUUGCUUCUCCUCAUUCUGUGGUUUAAGCUUGGAGCCAACAUCUCUAACUUCAGCUUCUCUCCCAGCACCAUUCUUUUUCAUUUGGGACAUGCAGCGAUGCUGGGCCUCAUGUAUGUCUAUUGGACGCAUCUGAACAUGUUUCAGACUAUCAAAUACCUGGCUAUUAUUGGUGGUGUAACCUUCCUUGCCGGGAACCGCAUGCUGGCCCAGAAAGCAGUGAAGAGGAUUGCUGCAGAGCAAAGUAGUAGGUUGGCAAAGUAUAGGAGCCUGCGGUAAAACCCUUCCAUUUGUAACAAAUGAGUCGGUCGUUCUUCCAGGCUGAAACUAGAGAAAAAGUAAGAAAAUCAAAAGAAGACGGACAAAGAUCACAUGUCAUCAAAAUCGGAUUUGAAAAUAAUAUGGCGGUUCAAGUAUCCAUUCGACAGUUUAAACUUGCAGUUUCCAUGUGUUGAUAAUUGAACAGACUCGCUGACAGGUUCACCCUGCUGCUGGCUGUAAAAAGUAGUGCAGUUCAUCUUCUGAGAAUAUUGUAAUGUUGUUCAACAUGAUUUCUUCUGUGGGGUUUUUUUUGGGGGGGGGGUAAUACAUUAAAACAUUAAUACAUUUUUCUGUUAUUGCGCACUACCCAUUUCACCUCAUAAAAAGAAGUAAACAUGUUUCAUUUAAUGAUGAUGAUAAACCACUGGAAGUAGCAAAGGAAUUUUGAUCACUUAAAAUUUUUCAUUUUCCCAUUUGAUACAGUCUUCACGCUCCUACAGAGAAUUUAUUAAUAAAAUAUGGGCAGUUUGAGGUUGCAGUGCUUUUGUAAUGAAGAGGAGUAAAUAAACAAUUUUGAGUGGA